CCCCCACACUGGGGCAGCAAGACCCCAAUCACAGCUGAUGGACUCCCCUCUCCCAUUCCACCACAUUGGGGCAGCACGACCCCAAUCCCAGCUGACAGCCCUCUCUCCUCAUUCCCCCACACUGGGGCAGCAAGACCCCAAUCCCAGCUGACAGACAUGCACCCUCCCCAUUCCCCCACACUGGCACAGCAAGACCCCAAUCCCAGCUGACAGCCCCCUCCCCAUUCCCCCACACCUGUGCCAGCAAAAUCCCAAUUCCAGCUGAUAGCCCCCUCACACUCAGACUGGGGCAGCAAGAUCCCAAUUCUAUCUCAUCCAAUACGCAUCACUCUAGAUGUUACAGCACGUGCUUAGCAAUGCAGUUGUGUGUCAGCUUGGAUUAUGCAUACAAGUUAAAGGAACAGGAUGGGAACCCACAACACUUGACUUGAAGAUUUAUGGCCACCAAUGAUCUGAUGGUGGAGCUGCAGAAAGACUCCAUUAAGUUGGAUGAUGACAGUGAGAAGAAGGUGGUGAAAAUGUUGCUCAGGCUGCUAGAAGAUAAGAAUGGAGAGGUGCAGAACCUGGCUGUGAAGUGCUUGGGCCCAUUGGUCAGCAAGGUGAAAGAGUACCAAGUGGAGACAAUUGUGGAUACGUUAUGUACGAACAUGCUGUCUGAUAAAGAGCAGCUACGGGAUAUAUCCAGCAUUGGCCUGAAGACUGUCAUUGCAGAGCUGCCUCCUGCUUCUAGUGGCUUGGCCCUGUCUGCUAACGUGUGCAAGAAGAUUACUGGACGUCUGACAAGUGCUAUCGCUAAGCAAGAGGAUGUUUCUGUCCAGCUGGAGGCCCUGGACAUAUUGUCUGAUAUGCUGAGCAGGUUGGGUGGGACUCUGAUCACAUUUCACUCCUCGAUCCUGACUUGCCUGCUGCCUCAGCUGUCCAGUCCAAGGCUGGCUGUUCGCAAGAGAGCCAUUAUUGCUCUGGGGCAUCUGGUCAUGAGCUGCAGCACGUGUCUCUUCUCUGAACUAAUGGAUCACCUACUAGUCGAACUGUCAAAGAAUGAAUCUACGUCUAUGACCAGAACAUACAUCCAAUGCGCCGGUGCCAUCAGCCGACAGGCAGGGCACAGAGUUGGAGAACAUUUAGAGAAGAUUAUUCCACUUGUUGUAAAAUACUGCAAUGUGGAUGAUGAUGAGCUGCGGGAGUACUGCUUCCAGGCGUUCGAAUCCUUUGUGAGAAGGUGUCCAAAGGAAAUGUCCCUUCACAUACCUGCUAUGAUUGGUCUGUGCCUCAAAUAUAUCACAUAUGAUCCAAAUUACAACUAUGACCAAGAUGAGGAUGAUGAAGACGCCAUGGAAACAGACAAAACUGAUGAAGAGGAGGAUCAAGACAGUGAAGAGGAGUACACCGAUGAUGACGACAUGAGCUGGAAAGUUCGCCGAGCUUCUACUAAGUGUUUGGAUGCCAUUGUGAGCACCAGGCAUGAGAUGCUGCAGGAAUUUUACAAGACAAUCUCGCCAGCCCUCAUCAGUCGAUUCAAGGAGCGAGAGGAGAAUGUGAAGGCUGACAUUUUCCACGCGUAUGUCUCUCUUCUGAAGCAGACCAAACCAGUCCAGAGUUGGUUGCAGACUACAGAUGCCCUGGGACAAGGGGACAUGCCCCUAAUGAUGCUUCAGCAUCAAGUACCUAGUAUAGUGAAAGCUCUGCAUAAGCAGCUUAAGGAGAAGAGUAUGAAGACUCGACAAGGCUGUUUCAAUCUCCUCACUGAAUUGGCCAGUGUCCUACCUGGAGGCUUGUCAGAACACAUACCAGCCUUAGUACCAGGCAUUAUUUACUCUCUCACUGAUAAAUCGAGUACCUCAAACAUGAAGAUUGAUGCACUGACCUUUUUCCAUGUCAUCCUUUGCAAUCAUCCACCAGAAGUGUUCCACCCUCACAUCAAGACAUUGUUGCCACCGACAAUAGCCUGUAUUAGUGAUCCAUUCUACAAAAUCACUUCUGAGGCCUUGCUUGUGACUCAGCAGCUUGUAGAGGUAAUCCGUCCACUGGACAAGCCUUGUUCAUUUGAUGCCAAGCCUUAUGUGAAGGAUCUGUUUAGUAGCACUUUAAAGAGAUUGAAGGCAUCUGACAUUGACCAAGAGGUGAAGGAGAGAGCGAUAGCCUGCAUGGGACAGAUCAUCUGUAAUCUUGGAGACAACCUAGGUGCUGACCUGAAUCCCACAUUGCAGAUUUUCCUUGAACGACUGAAAAAUGAGAUCACCAGACUGACCACAGUCAAAACCUUAACUCUGAUUGCAAGUUCUCCUUUAAAAAUUGACCUACGUCCGAUUCUUGGUGAGGGUGUUCCCAUCCUGGCUUCCUUUCUUAGGAAGAACCAGCGUGCACUGAAACUCAGUACCCUAGCGGCACUGGACAUCCUGAUUAAGAAUUACGGUGACAGUCUUAAGCCAGUGAUGAUUGAGUCAGUUUUAAAGGAGCUUCCAUCCUUGAUUGGGGAGAGUGACAUGCAUGUCUCCCAGAUGGCCAUUACCUUCCUAACAUCAUUGGCCAAAGUCUAUCCAUCGUCUGUGGCCAAGAUUGGUGGGUCCAUAUUGAUGGAAUUGUUCAACCUAGUUCGUUCACCGCUGCUCCAAGGAGGGGCUCUGAAUGCCAUUUUAGACUUCUUCCAGGCUUUGGUGGUAUCCAAGGCUCCCAACAUGGGCUACAUGGAGCUUCUGAAGCAGCUGACAGGAACUAUCUAUUCUUCAGCCCAGUCGGGUGGUGGUGUAGUUUUGCACAAACAGGCCUAUUAUUCUGUGGCUAAAUGUGUAGCCGCACUUACCUCGGCAUGUCCAAAGGAUGCCAAUACCGUGGUGAACCAAUUUGUCCAAGAUGUGAAGAGUCCCAAAUCGCCUGACUCAGUCCGCUUGCUGGCUCUACUUUCUUUGGGUGAGAUCGGCCGCACCAUGAAUCUGAGCGCACAGAAAGAACUCAAGCUGGUGAUCCUUGAAGCGUUUUCGUCACCUAGCGAGGAAGUCAAGUCAGCGGCCUCCUAUGCGUUAGGAAACAUCAGUGUGGGAAACCUCAGUGAAUAUCUUCCCUUCAUUCUGAAGGAGAUCAGCAGCCAACCCAAGCGCCAGUACUUGUUGUUGCACUCAUUGAAAGAAGUCAUCAGCUCUUCACCGGCAGACAGCUUGAAAUCUCACGUCCAGGACAUUUGGGCCUUGUUGUUCAAAAACUGCGAGUGCGCUGAAGAGGGGACUCGGAACGUGGUGGCGGAAUGUUUGGGAAAAUUGACCCUCAUCGACCCCGGCCGCCUGCUGCCCAAGCUGAAAAAGCAGCUCACAUCAGGUUCAGCCUACUCUCGAAGUACAGUGGUGACUGCUGUUAAGUUUACAAUUUCAGACCAUCCACAGGGUAUUGACCCUCUGCUGAAAGGCUGCAUAGGUGACUUUUUGCGGACCCUGCAGGACCCUGAUCUCAACGUCCGACGCGUUGCCUUGGUGAUGUUCAAUUGUGCAGCUCACAAUAAGCCUUCCCUGAUUAGAGACUUGCUAGAGACAGUGCUUCCACAGCUAUACAACGAAACCAAGGUCAGGAAGGAGCUCAUCAGGGAGGUAGAAAUGGGACCUUUCAAACACACGGUAGAUGAUGGGCUUGACAUUCGGAAAGCUGCUUUUGAAUGCAUGUAUACCUUGCUGGAUAGUUGCCUUGAUAGGCUGGACAUUUUUGAGUUUCUCAACCAUGUGGAAGAUGGCUUAAAGGAUCACUAUGAUAUCAAGAUGCUGACGUUCAUCAUGUUAGCACGGCUAUCAACAGUUAGCCCCAGUGCAGUGCUUCAGAGGUUAGACAGGCUGGUGGAGCCCCUGCGUGCAACCUGCACUACUAAGGUAAAGGCUAACUCAGUGAAACAGGAAUUUGAGAAGCAAGAUGAGCUGAAGCGCUCAGCGAUGAGGGCAGUAGCAGCUUUACUCACAAUCCCGGAGGCUGAGAAGAGCGCACUGAUGGCAGAGUUCCAGUCACAGAUUCGGUCUAACCCUGAGAUGGCGGCUAUUUUUGAAAGCAUCCAGAAAGACAACGUAUCCGCGAGUAGUACAGAAACAAUGGACCUCAGCUAAAACAUGCAAACCAAAAGGAUCUGAAGAUGCUUUGGCUUCAUAAUUAACUCCUGUGUGAAAUAUUAUUUAUAUCUUGCCAUUUGGAUUUUUUUUCCUGUUGUUGCAGCCCCAGCUAUCAGCUUAAUAGUUGAUAAUAUGGUUUGGCUGUCUGUGUUGCCUUUGCAUGACUUUUUUGUUUCUGGAUAUUAAUGUUCACCAUAUGGUCCAUAUAGUAUUCCCUCUACCCAUCACCCAACUACUGUAUUAGAAUGUUGGGGGUCUCAAUGGUGACUGAUGGUUGUACUCGGAUUUGCUUCCCUCAACCCCGUCCCUUUGGGAAGAAAGAAGACUGGGCUGUGUGUGUGCUGGGGGAGGAAGGGAAGGAGAAAAGAGAGAAUGUAAGGUCUUAUGUAGCGUCACUCAAGUGAUUGCCUCAUAAGCCACACAAUAAAAUUGGAGAAUGUACUGGUGACCUUAUCAUUCUAACCAAAGAAGAAUUUCAAAUCUAUCAGUGCAUGACCUCAGUUCCAGAUAGCAUGCUCAUACUACUAUCUGGAAGAUUCCAUAACCUAAAAAGUCCAAAUAUUGGACUGCCAGCACCAAAGGAUGUUCACAUUUUUAAAAAGACAGGACAGAACUGAUUGUAGAAAGGUGCAUUGACUAUGGGUGAGGAAAUUGGCCUGAGGGGGAAGAAAAUGUUUAACUUGAUGAAUAACAUCAGAUGACAGUUACAAACUAAUGACUCUUGUUCUGACCUUGAGUAACAAUAACUGUGUAAACGCAGUGACAGUAACCCGUAUAACAUGCAAAUUGACAGUUGCUAUUCUGUAUGGAUAAACAUUUUUUCUGGUCUCUCAGCCAGGAAAUCCUGGGUGCUUUCAGGCAGUUGUAGCUGAGAGCACCAUUGCCUUACUACCAUGGAUUUUCGUGGGUUAUUAAUGCAAGAUUUAUUGAAUUAUCCAUGUGGCCCAGUUGAACCUUGUCAUUGUUGAUACACAGCAACCUGUACUAUCCCCAGGCUCCACAAACAGAUUGUAUUUCUCAGUCUUGGUCAUUUAAAGUUAAUAGAAGGAAUCUCGGCUGUUCAUAAUCUCUUAUGCUUUUCCAGCCAUGUAUUUACCACUGGGUAACUAUAAUUAAGGAAUGCACAUAGUGAUUUCAUGGCCUGUUGCAUUCCUUAUCCCAGACAAAACUAUCUUCUUGCUAUGAGGUGUAUUCUCACUUUUGAUUAUAAAUAGCGGAAGUAAAUUUGAAGGUAUGAGUAUCUAGAUGUUGACCUGUGAGAAAUGAACCUUGGUGCUCAAGUAUAGUAUGUUUCAUUUGAGUGGUGCUCACUACAUAUUACCUUCCUUUAAUCCAUGAUCAAUGUGUGGUGUCCUUAAGAAUCAGGAACCUUUUUUUUUCCACAGCCAGAUUCUUCUGUUGAGGAUUUUUUGGACUGAAUGUGUGCUUAUUGCUGUUAGAUGAGUCUUGGUUCUUACAGAUUCAACCAUUGGAGGGGAAAAAUACAUUUGUUUCAGAGCAGUUCAUAGGAUUGAAAUGGUGAACUGCUGGUGGAAGUUCUCCCCACCCCCCACCCUAAUCACCUGAGUUGACCUGAACUCAGUGCCAGUACAGACUGCAUUUAAAGCACGUGCACACUCCUCAAACGCAUAGCUAAUUUGGCUAUUGCAUCUUGCUCUAUAUUUAAGCUUAAAAAUAAAUUCAGUGAAUUGGACAAAGUCCGUUCACUACAAUGCACUGUUAGACCUGGGAUCUGAGGUGAAGUAGCCUACUUAGGGUCCUCAUGUAAAUUUUCAGGUACUCGUCAGUAUUGGAUUUAGAGUUUAGCAAAACUGGGAGAGAAUGGGUGCAGUGAUGAUGAUCAACACCUAGAUGUCUCCAGCACAGCUUGUAAAUAUAUCACCCAUUAGUUUCAAAUGUGCUACUGGCAUCUAGUGUCACUAUAUUGAUACUGUGGCAGCUGUCACAUGCACUGAAUUGUGUCAGCAGGUGGUUUGUUUGACAUUAGAUCUGUUUGAUCAUGUGCCCAGUUGAAAUAUCGUGCAUUGGUUUAGAUUGAGUGUUGCUAAUAUGUCUGGUGGUUUCUUGGAUCUAUCAGCUUAAAAUACAGGAUGACUUGCAAGCUAUAAAUGUUUUUUGAACCUGAUCAGCUACAAAGUGCACUGGAAAACUGCCACAGAAAGCAAUUAUAGUGACUCAUUUGCAACUUCUCCAGUUUUUUUUUUAAAAAGUCAAAGGCAAUUGUCAAUAUGGAGUGUUAUAUUAAUAAAGUUUAAAAAUAUUUUGGAGCAAGUGGUAUUAUAAAAAUAAAGGUUGAAGCACGGGG